CCAAAGCUAACACGUGGAAAUAGAUUUUACCGUAUUUUGCCUUCACUUCGUGUUCGUGUGGUGUUUUCUGUUAAACCCAAAGUACCGGAAGGUGACGCCUAAUCUCCCAGACGGUUUAUUCGGUCGUAAAGUGUCAUGGCGGACACCGUGGACGAGGAUUCUCUGGACCGAAUUAAAGCCGGGGACUACGUGGUGUUGAAACGGGGAGAUAUCUUCAAAGCUGUGCAAAUUCAACCGAAGAAGAAGGUGAUGUUUGAGAAGCAGUGGUUCCUCCCGGACUCCGCGGUGGGCCAGCUGUACGGCAGCACCUUUGACGUCGCGCCCGGGGGGACCCUGCAGCCGAGGAAGCCCAAAGACACCGAGAGCUCCACCGAUACGAAGGAGGCGGGCACAGACAACAGGAACAUUUUAGACGAUGGGAAAUCACAGAAGCUGACCAGGGAUGACAUCGAGAUCCUGAAAGGGCAAGGUCUGAAGGAUCAGGAAAUCAUCCAGCAGCUUGUGGACAACAGCUCUACAUUCAGAGAUAAGACUAAAUACGCUCAGGAUAAGUACAUCAAGAAGAAAAAGAAGAAGUAUGAAAAUACUGUGACGGUUCUAAGACCAUCCUGCCGCAUCCUGGCCAUGAUGUACCACGGCCGGGAACCGGGGAAGAUCUGCCACAUGCGGUACGACAUGCUGGCCCAGAUGUUGACUCUGGCGAACAUCCACGCGGGCAGCAAAGUGUUGGUGUUCGAGACCUGCGCCGGCCUCGUGCUGGGCGCCGUCAUGGAGAGGAUGGGCGGCUACGGCUCGGUGAUCCAAAUGUUCCCAGGAGGUGGGCCCGUGCGGGCGGGUGUGGAGAGCUUUGGCUUCCCGGCACAUUUUCACGACACGCUGCAUGAGUUUCCCAUCUGCCAUGUCAACGCUCUGCUGGCGGGCACUCUGGACACCAAGGAGCCCGCUGAUGAUUCUAAGCCGUCCGCCGUGGCUGCCGAGGAAGAGCGAAACCCGCCGGAGGCGGAACCGGCGAGCGGUCCGGAGGAACCGAAAAUGGAGACGGAACCGGCGAGCCGUCCGGAGGAACCGAAAAUGGAGACGGGACCAACGGAACCGACAGAACCGACGAGCUUUCCGGAGGAAUUGAAAAUGGAGUCCAACAGUGGCGCCGAGAAAAUCAAGGACCCGGAGAUGGAGGAGAGAGAGAAACGCAUCGAAGCCAAAGCUCAGGAAAGAAAGGCGAAGCAGGAGGAGAAGCGGAAGAAGCUGGCCUCUGCCGCCGCCCUGCUGGAGGGCAGGAAUGCAGACGGGUUGGUCAUCGCCAGCCGGUUCCACCCGUGCCCCGUCCUCCUGGGCCUCAUCAAGUUCCUCUCCCCGUCCAGGCCCUUUGUCGUCUACUCCCAAUACAAAGAGCCUCUGAUCGAGUGCUUCACGAAGCUCAAGGAGCACGGCGGUACGGUGAACCUCCGUCUCACAGACACCUGGCUCCGACGUUACCAGGUGUUGCCCAACAGGACACACCCCCUGCUGCUGAUGAGCGGCGCCGGGGGCUUCAUCCUCUCGGGGACGACGGUUGCCGUGGACGUCGCCAAGCCCGCCAACUCCCAGCGAGCCGGCGAGCCGGCGGCAAAGAGACUGAAAGUGGACUGACACUGACGGAUGAACGCGUGCGAGAAGAGUAUAAAUCUUCUCGGGGCACAUUCCCAGCUGCCUGUUGGGCUGUUUUUUUAUGAUUUUUCUCCAGCGUCGACUCGUCUUUCCGCUCCACUGGUUUGACACCGCCGGUGUGAGCGAGGCGGCGUGUCUGCAUUCAUCAGUCGUUUCCCCUCAUCUUGGAUACACUGCGAGCUCGGGGCAUGUAUUAUGAAAGCAACCGUGGACAUAAUCGUGUGUAUGUGUGGAGAGUAAGUACGCAUUUGUUUCUUAUGCCUUCAAAACCGGGUGUACAAACUUUUUUUCCACCACAGUUGAUGCUCUCCAGCUUCUACGUUGACACUUUUAUUAAUUUUUUUUUUUUCUGCAUAAAGUGCCAUUUGACUGUAUCUUCACAGAAUUAAAGAGCAGAGCUAAAGAUC